UUAAAUUAAUGUCUGAUAUUCGCACAAACACAACUAAGCUACCGAACAUUUAUAUAUAAUUUUUAUUUACUGCAGGGUUCACCUUAAGAGAUCUUUGAUAAGAAUAUAUAUUUAUAUUAAACAUGGGUAUGUAUAAUGCAUAUAGCAUUCAAUUGAGUAGAUAAUCGUAUAUUGAACUUAUUUGAAUAUUUUGCAGACUCAUUUCAAAUUAAUACUUGUAAGUCAAAUUUUAAUAAUCAGAUUAUAAAUUUUUCAAUACUUCUAUACGACAUGCAGCAUUUGUAAUAUUCAGUUAAAUGGUAAAUAUAAAAACAAAUAUGUUUCCCAAAUGUGUCCAUGCCAUUAGUACUCUCUGAGUCUAUUUGAGUAUCAAGAUGACAAUGAAAGUAUUUACAUAUAUUUGGUUCUUCUUAUUGGCCUUUUCCUUUGCAAUUCCUACAACACCUCCAACAUUGCCUCCAACAGUACCUCCCACAACUUCGUCUUCUUCCCAAGCUGAGCCGUUGUCUUAUAUAUCUAAUAGUUACUCUCCACCAUCUUCUUUAUCAUCUUCAGAAUUUUCAUCAACCUUAAGUUCGUCAGAAUUUUAUUCAUCAACCUUAAGUUCGUCAGAAUUUUAUUCAUCAACCUUAAGUUCGUCAGUAUUUUAUUCAUCAACCUUAAGUUCGUCAGUAUUUUAUUCAUCAAAUUUUAGUUCUUCCACAUUUCAUUCAUCCACUUAUGGAUCAUCGUCACUCACUACAUCUGGAGUUUCUUCUCUGUCCCCUACAUCAACUUCUGUUACAUCUUCAACCAUUUCUACAACUUCAACCACGCCUACAACUUCAACCUUUACAUCCAGUUCUAUAGUUUGUGAACCAACUGAUUCUGUUUACUAUGUUGCAUCAUCUGUAUCUUUUUAUUUGUUUAAUACUUUGGAAUCACGUUUUGCGUUCGGGGGAGGCGAAUUCCAGGAUGCUGGUUAUGUUUUGUUUAAUAUUGAUUUAUUGACAGGGACUUUGUCAUAUAUUCCAGGACCAAGCAUUCCAAUGAGUGAAGUUUAUGGUGAUAUUUUUUCAAUGAAGAUGCACUGCUUAAUUCCGGUUUUGGUGUUGAAGAAGUCGGUUCAAAUAAAUUAUUAUCUUAUUUGGGACAAACCCUGUUCUAUGAAUGUGGAGAGCUUAUUACCACGGAAGACACUGGGGGUUGUGACACAACGACUCUUCAGUUGAUUGAUUCUGAUUAUCUGUACGUUUAUGAUGGUCCAAAUUUCUGUUCAUCAUCUUCCUUUUCCUCAUCGUCAUUUUCCUCAGAGACGUCUUCCAGCUCAUACCCUAUUUCAUCUUCAAGUUAUGAACCUUUCAGUUCAGUAUAUACCUAUUCUUCUAGUGACCAGUUCAAGUCGAUAUACUUGUCUGGUUCCUCCAGUUC